ACCGACAGCUAUUGAAUUACAAAAAUGGGGCCCAGGUUUUCUGUUCUCGGGACACUCAGUUACAGAAAAAGAGCUGACAGUGACCGUAUCACUAAGUUAGUUUCCUUAUUCAGACUUGUAAAAAGUAACGGAUUUAGGUCGGUUUUGUUCAGUUUUUGGAGGGUCUACUGUUGGCAACAAAAGCCAAAGCAGCAGCAGGUGACGCCAAUGACAGCUUCACUGUGAACAGGUGAAGGUGGGAAAACAGACUGAGGGACUGAGGGAGCCUGCUGCUUGAUCAUGACUGCUCUGGUUCACCCUGGAGUCAAUGUUCAAGAGCUAUGUGAGGAUGGAGACAAGUUCCUUAAGGCUGGAGACCUGAGGAGGGCAACCUCCUUCUACAUGUCUGCCUUCAGGACUCACGCUACCUCCACUGUGUCCCACAUGCGGAAACUGGAGAAGUCCAGCCUGGCUGGGGUGAUCUCUAUCUUAGAGGGCUGGCUUGACAGUCAUGGGGACAACCAGCCUACUGAAGGUGUUAAUAAAGGUCUGGCUGCUGUGUUUCUGUCCACGCUCUGCCCCAACAAUCUGUCAGCCACCAUUUUCAAAAUGGAGUCUCUUCUUCAGAGUGGUGGUCAUGGAUGUGAGGAGAUUUUUGCCCGCUGCACUGCUCUGCUUGAGGGGAAGAGGAACCCUCAUCCAGAGGGAUUGACUCGCAUGGUGUUGGAAAUAACUCGUGCCCUGGCCUGCUUGUUCACAGAGCCUCAGAGUAUUAAGGGGUUGAAGCUUUACCUCGAAGCUUACCAGAGUAAUAAAUCUGAAAUUGUCACACUGGUGAAAACCAGACAGACCCAGCACCUAUCAAAAAUUGUGAAGGCCUUUACUGCCCAAAUACUGCACAUGCAUCCUUCUCUGAUGUGUGAUGGUGAGUGGGCAGUGACAACAAAGGAGAAUGAUAGGCAUAGUGUAGAGGCUUCUUCUGUAAUUAUUGAGUUUUUGUUGGCCAUCUCACCUGGUAAUAGAGAAGUGCAGGAACUUAAAGCCGGGUAUUUGUUUUUGACAGGUAGGUUUGGGGACAGUGCAGAGGUGUACUCUGCUCUCUUGCAUCAUGGUCAAUGUCAGAAAAUGUCAGAGAGCGAUACAGACAAGUCAGUCCAAGACAGUCCCGAGAGAAGAGCUCGGCUCUUAACCAGUCGAGCUGCUGCCUGCUUCUCAGCAGGUGGACGGACUGCAGAGGCGUGUGGGGAUCUUGGCGAAGCAUUUGAGAUCCACCCUGCCACUGCCCGAAUUUAUUUCCAAAAGCUCUUCACAAAUCAUGGUACAGGGGUGGCUGCUCGCAACCAACUCCGUCAGCAGGCAGAGAGGGGCCUGUGUGGCUACAGAGAGAGGGUCCUCAUUCGUCCUGACCUGCGGUCCACUGAGGGAGUUGAACUCCUGGACCCUGUCAUCACUCAGUUACGGACUCUGUGCCAUUUAGAGCCUGACGGAGGAUGCAGGGAGCUGCGAGUACGACUUGCCGACUGUCUUCUCCUCAGAGGGGAACACAAAGAGGCCCUCUCUAUCUGUAGCCAGCUAGCCGCUGCCCAAGGUCAGCAGAGCUAUCAAAACACAGUACAGGUUCUUCGUGGAUAUGCAAGACUUCUCUCCGAUGACCACAAGGGGGCGUUAGAAGACUUCCAGUCUGUGAUUGAACACAACACCCCCCACCCGUCCAGCUGUGUGCGGGCGCUCUGUGGCAGGGGGCUCCUGCGCAUGAUGGGUGGCUUAAACUACCUCACAGCUCUAGACUAUGUGACAGCCAGCAGGCUACAUCCACAGGAAACAGCACUGACUGCUCGCUGCUUGGUGCCAUGGAACUGCCGGGGGCUGCUGUUUACUGUUUUAGUGGAGCAGGGACGAAUCAUGCUGGAGGGGACUGGAGAGCACAAAUCCAAAUCCAGAUCCACUGAAAACUCCCAGCAGCCUCAGCAGGAGGAUCAGCUGCAUGUACCGUCAAAGAAAGACCACAGAUCAGGGACUCCUGCUGGUGUCCAUUCCCUGGCUGUGCUGCUGAUGGAGCUCCAGCCAGGUGCCGAUGGACCUCAGAUUCUGGCAGCAGAUGCCUUGUAUCAGCUUGGUCGGGUGGAGGAGGCGUACCGGCUACUGUUGUCUGUAGGGCCCACCAGUCCUCGGGCGCCCAUUCUGGCUCGCCUCGCCCUGCUGCAGCUGCACAGAGGCUUUCUUUAUGACACCAAUCAGCUGCUGAAAAAGCUCAUUCAGUGUGGCGAUACCAGCUGCUUGCGCCCCCUGCUGGUUGUAGCGCAACAGAGGGACCGUGCGCUGCUGCAGGGACACUGUCACUCUGCUGCAAAACGCAUCCUGGAGGGCACAAGAGAGGAGAGCGCUGUCAGGGAGGCUGUGGCUUAUCUCUCCGUCGCUAUCAUGGCAUCUGGUGGUGAGGCAGCAGAUUCCUUGUUGGAAAGAGCAAGGUGUUAUGCCCUGUUGGGCCAACAAAAGACAGCCAUCUUUGAUUUCAGUGCCAUUCUGAGGGUGCACCCAAAACAUGUUCAGGCCCUCUGUGGAAGAGGCUUCACCUAUCUCAUGCUGAAUCAACAAAAGGAAUGCACUCAUGAUAUCCUGGCAGCACUUCAGAUAAACACAGACAUAGUCACCAAAGACAUCCUGUCACUCAAGGACAAGGCACGGAAGCUCAUCUGUGAUUGGCUGCAUCAGUUUUGUCGGACCAAUCUGUCAGACAUCCUGGCCACUAAUGCCAUCCCCUGCCACGAAGAGCAGCUUAGAGAGGCUUUUGUAAUCGGUGGAGCUCUGAUGAGGACUGACUGCAGAGACCCCCGAUGGCAUCUCCUCUAUGUGGACAUACUCUUAGCCAAAGGUGAAGUUAAGGCUGCAGGCUCUCAUCUGUGCCAGGUGUUUGGCCAGGAGCCAAGAGAUGCAGUGGCCCAGGCCAGGCUGGGCGUGGUGGAGGCCUGGCAACAGAACUACUGCAGCGCAGCUUGCAGGCUCAGCAAACUGACUGAGAAAGAUGCAUCCAAUCUGGAGUUCUUGCUGGCCCUGAUCCCAUUUAGUCAGCGAAAACGCAUGGCACAGGCAGCAGUGCAGGAAGCCAGCAGUGUGUCAUCAGGUGGCCAGUGGGAUCGGGCCCUCACACUCCUGACUGUAGCAGUACAAGCAGUGGGCAAUCACAGACUCCAGUAUCUUCGCCAGCGUGCUGCCUGCCUUGCUCAGCUGGGCUUACACCAGCGGGCCAUAGCUGACCUGGACAGAGUGAUUGAAAAACACGGUGGAAUCAACUCUAGCUGCUCAGAUGACCCCCAAGUCUGGGCGGAGGACCUGUGUCGACGAGGUCGCAGCCUGGUGCUCUGUUCCAGAGAAGGAGCAGCUCUGGAGGACUUCACCCGGGCCCUGGAGCUCCACAGGGACCAGGCCAUCCAGUGUGUGGAGGCUGGUUUGGGCAGGCUUCGUCUGGCUGAGUGCUUCCUGCGGGGGGCACUGCAGCACUAUGGGGAGCAACAGCUCAGUAAAGCCUGGACAUUCAUUGAAUGUGGUCUCAUUGUGGACAACGAGAACACAGAGCUCCGCAGACUGAGAGCAAGGGUCAAACGGGAAGUGGCCAGCCCUUGCAACGUCAACUAGUGCUGACAGAGACUCAAACAGGACACAGGAGCUCCAGCUGAGCUUAUAAAAUGUAGCUGUGUCAGUGCCUAUACCUUAAGAUGAGAAACCUUCCACAAUUUGAAGACACGGUGCUUUGAUUAGUAUUAUGUCUUCCAAGCUCUAAUUAAGGGGAUUAACAGCAGUGUUUGUUGUAGUAUUGCACAUCUUUAUAAU